GCCUUGCUACCUAAUUUCCGUCAAAGGAAAAGCAUCUUGAAGGAAGACGUUCGACUGUUCAUCAAAAUAAACUAUAUUAUGUAAAGGUUAGCCAAAAUUUUUAAUCGUUAAUCUAUAGAUAAGAGACUUAAGUACACUUUUCAACGAAAAACCUUUGUUUCAUCUUACUAUUAGACAUGUUUUGUCGCUUUGAAAAGCGGGUGUACUCAAUGAAUUUUUCACGUAAAACACUAAAUCAUGGCCGAGUUGAUGCAACUGUUCAAAGUAUCUAUUGUGGUUAGAAUGAGGUCCAACUGGUGUUCAAACAUUAUUAGCGAUGUCAAAUUGUUGCAUAUCGCUUAAAAUAGUUUAUAAAAAUAACAAAGACUUUUAUAAUUUCUUUGGUUAUAUGAUAUUCGUUUUGCACUGAUUAAUUUAUAAUCUUAGUAAGCAAUGUCGGGAUUGGCCCAUGAAAUUUCGAUUAAUCCAGAAAUUCAAGUUACUUUAUUUUAUCAUCCCAACUCUUUCAUAGCGAAAUUUUUCAAUACGACCGUAAUCUCACUUGUCGACAAAAGAUUUUGUAUUGAACAGGGCUGUAGUGAAGAAAUAUUAUAAUGUUCCUACUUAAAACUCAUAUUUCAGUUCCAAAAUGCCGGAAGAGGAAAUAGAAAGUUGUUCUGCAUCCACAGCAAGUAGUUUGUCAGGGGAGGAAGCUGGCAGCGAAUGCGCCGGUGAUUCGGACUUAUACCUUGACUACGGAGAUAAUCCGUAUAGCAAACCAUGGGUUAAGAAAAGGGAGAGACGACAGAGAAAUUUAGUUCAGUUAUCACCUAAUGCUAAAAUAGUGAAAAAAUUAGAAAAAAAUAAAGAGGAUAGAUGUUCAGGGAAGGAGCUAGAUAGAGAUCAGGUCGAUAGGGAGGAGGAACCUAUUACUCCUCUACCAAAUGCUGAUGACUAUGCUCUCAGUAAGAGUGGUUAUUUUCAGUUUGAAAUAAAGUCCUAUCACAAGGUCAAGGGCAAAAAGAUAUUCAAGUGCGAAGUGUGUCAAGCCAUCUACAGACAUUCUUUUUCCUUGAAAAGACAUUUUAUAAGGAAUCAUGUUAACCUUAAGUUUGUUAGCCAAAGCGAUCUAGGAAAUUGUUGCGUGAGCAUUAAUCAAAUAAACAAAGGAGUGUCAGUGAAAGAAGAGGAUGGUGAAGGGGAGGGGGAUACUUCUGAGGUCGAUAAAGAAAAUACGCGUUGUUCAAGCUCUAUGUCGUCAAAUUCAGGAGAAAAUGAAGUAGAACCAAAGGCUUGUUCAGGCGAAGAAAUUUUCCGAUGUAAUCUUUGUCAAAUGACGUUUGCUCGAGUAUUUGAAUUAAAAGAACAUGUUAAGAAUCAUCCAACUUCUCCAUCAGAUAAUCAAUAUGGUUGCAAGGAAUGCCGUAUGAAAUUUUCGCACAAACAAAAUCUCGUUCGGCAUAUGCAAACUCAUACGGCUGGUGAAAAGCCACACUCGUGUAAAUUUUGUGCCAAAUCCUUUCCAACGUUAAAUCAUAAAAGGUCACACGAAAUUGAACAUCAAGGAUCUCGAUGGAAAUGCGAAUUUUGCCCAUCUUCAUUUUCACAAAUAGGAGAUUUGAAAAAGCACGUAAAAAAAUUUCACGUCGAUGAAUAUAUAGAGUGUUCCCAUUGCGGAAAAUUUUUUGCAAAAUAUUCAUGGUUGACCGAACACUCCUGGAAUGUUCAUAGAGAGCGUUUACCCGAACGAGUUUCUGCCUAUAAGUCCUUAGAAGAUUCAGUGCAACCUUUAUUCAAGAGUAGUGAUACUUCCUUAGACAUCGCUGAUUCAAUGAGAUUAGCAAAAUAUUCUUCCUCAGGAUAUAAGUUUGCAUGCACAAUAUGUAAGAAGAGAUUUCAUGAUUAUACGCUUAUGUGCAAACAUAGACGACAAAUUCAUCAACGCCACUUAAUAAUCGACGAGAAAAAAAAUGGUGCAACUUCCAAAGCCUGCGAUAUUGAUGAAAUGCAAUCACAACCACAGUUUUACUCCAAAAUUGCUUCUAACGUGGCUGAAAAUUUAUCUAAAUAUGUUGUUGGUACUGUUAAUAAUAUUGAGAUAAGUUCAGAGGAAUGUAAUGGAGAAAAUGUAAAAGAUCUCGCAAAGGCCAAUUAUUGCUUUUACAAUCUACCUCGAGAAUAUGAUGCAUCUGAGAAUGGUUGGUGGAAAAAUGAUGAUUCAGACCGUGAAGAGUACAAAUGUUUCAUCUGUAACUGCCUGUAUUAUGGCCGUUCAAUUUAUGUUCAGCAUUUGUCUUCACAGCACGAUGUUACCGUGGAAGAAGAUGGAGAGAUACCUACAGAGCUACCUUCUAUGAAAGAGGAGAUAGAGCACGAAGAGGAAGAGGUGGAAGAGGAAAUGACAGCACUCGACUUGAGUUCUUCUGCAUCUGAAGCUGUAGUUAAAUUGACAUCUCCUCGAUCAAAUGUGCCUAGUUUAAGCGUCAAUAAGACUUCACCACCGGUAGCUCAUACCGCUCCUCCACUUCCGGUUAAUAGUCCAAGUGAUCGGUUUUCACCUCCUGCUGCUCACUCGAAUAAGACUUACCCGACGGUAACAUUUUUUGGCAUGUGGUCAACACCAGUGGCGCCAGCUUAUUCACCGAUCACUCAACCAAAAAAGCAGAAGACUCCUAUUAAGAAAUCAUUUAUUUGUCUUGCAUGUUAUGUAAGAUUUGAAAAUGCUAACACCCUUAAGGAGCAUCAAGAAAAAACCCAUUACGGCAUUCAAAAUAGUCAUGCCGAAUGUGAUGAACAUGUUGACAUAGACAAAACUGUCGUUGAGAACAGAGAUCACAAACAUUUAGACAAAAUGAUGGGAUUAUGCGGAAAAGAGGUCAAAUGCACUCGUUGCCGUCAACUCUUUAGUUCGGUGUCUGCACUACAUAAACACAUUCUGCAAUGUGCUUCUGGCUUAACAAAGAAAAGCCCAAAAAAAUCAGACUUUCGAUGCCUUAUACGCAAAAAGUAUUUAAAAUAUAGAAAAUUGGGUUUUGGUAUACGCCAUGAAAGCACUAAUGUGGACGACAAAACUCCAGAGAGACGCAGAAAACGAAAGCGAAUGACUUUCCCUAUCGAAGAAGACAGGGAUGAGGUAAAAAAGAAGCGUCGCAUAUCUUAUGAACCAGGUCGCCACGAAAGACGUCGAGAGAAGGUAAACGUUGUGGAUAUGCACGCUUGUAGCGGUUGCGGAAAGUACAUGGGAUCGAUUACUGCCCUAGAACGUCAUAUUCCAAAUUGUACAAGGAAAGAAGAGUUACGUAAAGUUAAGGUUCUAGGAGGCAGCAAUGAUUCUAAACAGCCGCCAGUUUGCAAAUAUUGCAAAAAACAAUUCACAUAUACAGGUAAUUUGCUGAAUCAUAUCGAUAUGUGUCCUAUUCGGAAAAAGCUGGGAGGUUCUAUAAAUGAACUUGACUGGAUGGACAUGUUUGAUGAGAGUUUUUUAACAAAUCUUCAUUACGAAAAGGAUAAAAUUGAAGAAACAUCUGUAGCAGACAAUUUAAGACGAUCCAGGAGAGGACGAAGUAAAACUAUGCCUCCCACUCCUGUAGAACAGAAAACUGUUAGACGUAACCCAUCCCGAAGGAUCGCCCUACGCAAUAAGCGGAGACUUUCCUAAUGUGUUUUUUUUUGCUUUUGUGCUGUUUGUUCUAUAUUUAGUGCGUUCUUGUUUCAGGUUUUCUCAAUGAAAAUACAUGAGCCUUAAUAUACAGUA